UGUCAACUGUCAGAAAUAGAAUUGAAUUUCGUGAAAAUAGUUUGACUUUUUCACGAAUCAUCUUGUUUAUUGUAUUUCUUUGUCUCCUUUUUCUUAAAAAUGGAGACUAAUCUGCAGCACGAAGAUCUACUGAUAAAAUUGCGCGCUAAACUGAAUGAGGAGAAGGUGAAACUAUGGGAGUCUCCCUUUAUUGCUCAAGACAAUGAAAUAACACAGAGUUUGAAGGAUCUUGCUGCCAAAUAUGCAAAGGACCUAUCUCUUGAUGACGAAACCAUACUCAAUGCAUUGCAUGAACUGCAAUUGCACUCCAUUGAGAGAUCCAAGGCUAAUGCAGAGUUCAAGGAGACGGGGUUUGCGACCUUCAGGGUGAAGGCCACUGUGCCCGGAGAGAAGCCUCGGGUCCUCAAGAUACAGAAGAAGCUGGAUGUACUUGGGAGUGAUCUGAUUGCUGCUCUAGCAGAAACACUUGGGGUUUCAGAAAACAGGGUCAAAUUAAUAUUCAAUGGGAAAGUGAUAAAGCCGUCUCCCAGCAUAGGUGAGCAGGGGAUGAAGAAUGGAAUCAUGUUGAUGGCACUGGUCAUGGCAGAAACCCCUGAGGAUGUGAAGAAGGAAGACACAAUGUACAUGGAGAUGAAGACGGUCCGCGAUGAUGCCACACUGCUGUCUGAGUAUGUGGACAACAUGGCUGAUGACGAGUACAUGAAGUUAGAGGACCAGUCGGGCAAGACAGUGGAGCUGCCGGCGGCGGAGCGUCGCUCGCUGCUGGUGGGGCUGGCGCUGCACGAGCGCGGCCGCGCCGCCGCCAAGCAACACGACUACCCGCUCGCGCUCGUACUGCUGCUCGAGGCCGACCGACAGCUCAGUGAAUGCAGAUCAUCAAUCCUAAAGACAGUGGAUAACUGGGCAGUCCUUCAACUGGACAUAUCCUGGUGCUACCUCUGCCUGCGCAGUCUGCCGCACGCGGCGGACGCGGCGGCCCGGCUGGCCAGCGCAGAGAGCGCUUUCAAGGAGACCUACGGAGAAGACCAUCAGAGACUCAUUGCGUUGAAGGGGAGUGCUGCGAACGAGCGUGUGUUGCUGAUGCGGCUGUACCUGCUGCAGGGCAUCGUGGCCUACCACCAGAACAAGCGAGCUGACGCCAAGCGACUGCUGGUCAAGGCCGAGACCGAACUCAACGCUUUGAGGGUGGACGAGAGCUCGGUCCUGACGCUGAUGGAGCUGGGCUGGUCGCGCGCGGCGGCCCGCGGCGGCCUGCGCGCGGCGGGCGGCAGCGCCGAGCGCGCGCACCACUACCUGGCGGAGCGGCGCGCGCAGCGGGAGCGCGCCCGGGACCUGCACCGCCAGGAGAGACAGCGUCGCGCGCUGGGCGUGUGCGAGGACGGGUCGGCGGUGAGCCAGCAGCUGGUGGACGCGCUGGUGGGGAUGGGGUACUCGCGCGCGCUGGCCGCCGUGGCGCUCAGGAACUCCAACAACCACGUGGCGGAGGCCGUCAGGCUCAUACAGGAGCAGCCCGAACUGCUCGAGAGCGAGGUCUCGUCGGAGACGGACACGCUGAGCUCCGAUGACUCCACCGUGGAGCCCGAUAACAAACUAGUCGCUGAGCUGGAAGCCAUGGGCUACGACGGGGAGGAGGCGAGGGCGGCGCUGCGCCUGUCGCGGAACCACAUCAGCGGCGCCGUGGACAGGCUCGUGGCCGGCGGCGGCCGCGUCAGCAACAAUACAAACCCGGAUAAUCCGUCUACCAGCGCGGGAGCCGCCGACAAGAGGAAGUUGGUGAAGCACAAGAAAGAUAAACGAAGGAAAGAGCGCGAGCUUGCCCUCAGACGGCUGACGUCAGCCAUCAAGACCGAAGAGGAUGACUACCUGGACACGUCCCUCACCGAGGAGGAGGAGUUCCUCGUGCAGUACAAGUCGCUGCUGUGAGUGACGUCACAGCACACUAGCGCCAGGCAAGUACGUGGCAGAGGGGAGAACUAACUGCACAGCCAUGUUAGGUGACGAGAAUGCAUGCGGUGGGAACAUAUGUAAUUUAUUGUGGAAUUGAGGAAUAUUGAAUGAUCACAUGAUGUUUAAAGUUAGAUAGCAGGCAGUAACAGAACUAGUGGGUUUAACUGUAACUUAAUUUUAAUGAAUACUGGGGAGCUGCGAGAACAUGAUUUUUUUUUUAAAGCACCAAAAUAUUCAUAUAUUUUCGAUUGAUGAAGUUUGGAAUCAUAUAGUUUGUACUGUGAAAGAUGCUAUAGAGGAGGACAGAGGCUCCCCAAUAAAUAGUGUUCCUUUAAUAUGCCAAUCUUACGAAUUGUCACUUAAAUUCAUUAGUAGUACCAAGACAUGUGGUAUAAAGGAAUGGUGGGUAUAAAAGAGCUUAGUGGCGACAGGAAACGUAGUGACUGAAUAAGGAACUAACGGCAUUUGGUCUCAGUCCGGCGAACAGGGCGGUAACUACAGGUUGACAACAUAUACCUACUUAUAUUUACUUAAAAUUUAUGUAUUUUUUCUUUAAGGCAUCGUUUUAACUAAAUUUGUUCGAGUACCUACCUAGUUAUGACGUUACUGUAAACUAUGAUAUUAUAGUAAAAUUAUGCACCUGUUAUAAUGAAUUUCACCUGUUAAAAUUCUAGUUAUUUGGAAUUUAGGUACAAAAAAGCUAUGACCAAGUAAACCACCUAAAUACAUAGCGUCAGAAAAAUAUAUCUUCAAAAACGUAAAUUCUCCUGGCAGAAUAUUUCUAUGCUUUUUAAAAACCUUAUUAUUGAAAAUAUAGAAGUUAACAAAAGUAUGCUUAACAACGUGACAAUAGGCCUUAAAAUCUAAUAGCUGAAAGGGGCUUUGAAGAAAAAAGUUAAAUUAAACAUGAAUAAACUACUUAUAAAAUUGCAGUUUCUCACAUGGAGUGCAUUUACAAUAAAACGAUGCCCGAAAGAAAGGUUGUAGUACCUGCAUUUAUUCAGCAGUUUCAUAGUCCUAGUCAAAUAUUGAAAUUUUUCAGAUAUACCCAUUACAUAAUACUAGCUGACAUUAUAUUGUCGUCAGCUCUCUUAAAUUAUACAUAUUAAUCCUCAUAUACACUAUACGGUUAAAGUAUUUUGAUAAUAGAGAUGUUGACAAGAUGCGUCUAUUUAAUCCGUGCAUUUUAUGUAGUAUUGCCCGCAACUCCGUUCGCGUGGAGUUAAAUUAACAGCGCGCAAUAGGUCCGUUGCUGUCCAAAUGCCAGGAUAAAAAGUAGCCUUGCCCCUCCCCUCCUCCCAUAAAAUAAAAAUGGCGCUGGAACUAUUAAGGUAACAAGCUUCUGGUACCUCACAUACUUACCUUUAUUCCCCACAUUAUUAAAUGAUUUAACGGUUUACUCACGCGUAUUUAUCGGGGGUGCGUGACUAGUUUCAGACCCAACCGGAGUCCUUAAUCAUGAGCUCGCGGCGGGAUCGCGACUCGAACAGGUUGUGGGUAUUCGCCACAGCAUAAACCUUUUUCAAAACAAUUUCCAAUCUAUGAGGAAUACAUCAUAAUUGUAUUGUCAAUAUCCCUAUCGUAGCAUUUAAUUAAGGUAGUUAUCUAUUAUAUAACAUAGUAAUAUAUUCUGUGACUUAUUAUAUACAUAGCUCAUAUCUUGUUAGAAGUGUCACACACUCUGUUUUACAUUUUGAAAGUGUGUUAGGAAUAUAUAAUAUACCUAUUAUAUCUGAAUCUAAUGUGUUCGGUAGAUGCAAUAUACGUAGGCGGUAAAGUUUGACAGAGAAAGUCUACACAGUUUAAUACAAUACUAUACUCCAUUGGUUUAUGUACUUAAAAGGGUAAAUAAGCUUAGUGUGUCUUUGUAAAGACUCAGUCUCUUUCUCAUGACAAGUUCCAAGUGUUUCGGAAGGCACGUUAAAUUGUGGGUCCCGAUUGUUAUUAAUAUAUAUUUGUCAGUCGUUACGGGUAUUCAAGAGGUCAAAAUUCUGACAACCAGUCUGACUAAGGGGUAUCGUGUUGCCUAGGUAACUGGGUUGAGGUGGUCAGAUAUGCAGUCGCUCUAUAUAAAAUGCUGGUACUUAGCUCCAUCCAGUUAGACUGGAAGCCGACACCAACAAACUUAGGAAAAAGCUUGGACGAUGAUGAGUUUUGACCAUGAUGUGUUUGUAUAAAAAGACACACCAAGAAAAAUUUGUUUUUUAAAAGUACCUACACAAGUGGAGUAAAGAAUACAUGUAUAUUAUAUUUGGAAAUAAAAACAAUACAUAUUCACGAAUAGUUUCAGACUACACAUAUAACAUAUUUUCUUCUGCACUCAGUAGUGUUAAAUCUGACAUAGAAAGUACAUAACGACACUAAGUCAUAAUUUAACCCCUGCAUACUGAAAAGCAUCUUACAGUUGUACUAUUUUGGAGUCACAGUGCAGUGGAGGGGUAUAUAAUUGCCCAAUCAAUUCAAAUCCUCAUUAUUGCAACCAA